AUGGCUCUCAAGGUCGACAAUAUUCCCCGCCUCAGUGGAACAGACCUUGUUCAUGCUGAUGAUCAGUUGCACGGUCCUGAAGUCGCUCCUUCCAUCUCAGUAACUUCCACAUUCCGUGCUGAGCAGCCGCUCACCAGCACAACGGUGGGAAGUGAUGACCACGAUUUCGACCCCCUCAACCCGAUCAACCACGUGUACUCUCGCUACACCCAAAACGUCAGCAGCAGGGCCGAGAAAGUCCUCAGCAAAAUCAACGGAGGUUAUGCUAUUACCUUUGCUUCGGGACUGGCUGCGUCAUAUGCUGCCUUAGUACACCUGAAGCCCAAGCGUGUCGCCAUCACAGGUGGUUAUCACGGAUGCCAUCUCACCAUACAAGUGUACAAGCAGAGCCGAGGCGAGGGAUUGCCCAUUAUCGGCAUAGACGACAGUUUCCAGCCUGGUGAUCUAUGCUGGCUGGAGACGCCUCUGAACCCGACAGGUGAAGCCAGAGAUAUUCAGUAUUAUGCUGACAAGGUGCACGCCGCAGGCGGGCGUCUGAUUGUUGAUUCCACGUUUGCUCCUCCUCCUCUGCAAUAUCCGUUCAAUUGGGGCGCAGAUGUUGUUCUCCACAGCGGAACGAAGUAUUUCGGUGGCCAUUCUGAUCUUCUCUGCGGAGUUCUCAUCGUUCCUACUGUGGAUGAGUGGAAACAGCUCUGGCAAUAUCGUACCUUCUUGGGUUCGAUGAUGGGUUCCUUGGAGUCGUGGCUGCUCCUCCGCUCCCUUCGCACUCUGCACCUGCGUGUACCUCGUCAGUCGCAGACUGCUACUGGCCUCGCCAAGUGGCUGAAUCAAGCUGCUGGCGGCAAGGCGGCAGAUGGCAUACCGACGGGAGUAAUCGAUAAGGUCUGGCAUUCAAGUUUGCAAGGCAAAGACGCGCGAGGUUUUGAGCCCAGCAUCCAGCUGGAAGGUGGCUACAAUCCGACCUUCGCCAUCUUCAUGACGAACGACGAAUAUGCGCGACUUCUCCCGCAUAAACUCAAGUACUUCGUACCUGCAACUAGUCUCGGCGGUGUGGAAUCACUCAUUGAGCAGCGAAUCCAGUCUGAUCCGGGAGCGGACCCACGCCUUAUCAGGAUAAGCGUUGGCGUAGAGGAUUUAGAAGAUUUGAAGAACGACUUGCGACGAGCGUUCCAGGAAAUCGUAACACUGAGGGCCAAGUUGUAG